CGGCACACGGGGAAUUGAAAAACUUUUAUUUUGAAGUGGAAACACACACCGCCAUGUUUCAAACGUGUUAUUGCUGGCUUCACUUUGUGUGCAAUUUGCGCGCUAAUAUUGUGUUUGGUGUUUAGGAAGAAAAGUCGAAGAUGAGCCAGAUGUUGGACCGUGUGUCUUUGGCCUCCUACAAUGAGUAUCCCACUGAUCGGCCCUUCAUCAACACACACAUCACACACCGUCCUGCAAAACCUGUUAAAGCGUUUCCUGAGAGCAGCAGUGCCGCAAUUCUCUCAGCACUGCAGAACCUACAGGAGAAAAUUCACAGGUUGGAACUGGAGCGAAUGCGAGCAGAACGGAACCUAAACAAGCUCUCAGUGGAGAACCCUCACAAACGGAACAUUCCAGAGAGAGAACCACACGAGGACAGAGACUCUCACAGACCCAGGAAACAUGAGUUCGCCUCUCACUUAGCAGCAGCCGAAAUUAAAUGUGCUCGGUUGGAGAAGCAGUUGGACUUAAUGAAAAGAACAGUGAGGAGCACAGAGUCAGACCGAGCAGCCGUGCUCAAACACCAGGAGUGUGUGCGUAGCUCCAGUGAUGUGUGUGAGAAGUUGGAGAAGUUGGAGCAGGACUACAGGAGACUGACACACACACAGAACAAUGCUGAGGUCAAAAUCCGAGAGCUGGAAUGUAAACUACAGGAGGAGGAACAUCACAGGAAACUCAUUCAGGAUAAAGCUGCUCAGUUACAGACGGGCCUUGAAGCCAAUCGUGUGCUGAUGGAGUCCGUGUGGUCCCGCCCACAUCGCUCCAACAAGAGCACGAAGAAGAAACUCCAAUCCAAGAAGCCUUUGCAGCAGAGACAUUCUCAUACACAGCCUCACUACAGACUGAGCCUGGGGGAUGUACCGUUUGUGGCUGGAACAUCCACAGGGACGAGUCACUCUGUCCGCGCUAACGUACAGCAUGUCCUCCACCUCCUGAAGCAACACAACCCUCAGCUGUGUAAUGAGCGUGUCCUAGGAGCCAAUGGGAAAGAGGCAUCUGAGUGUCAAUCGUGCAGUAGCUCCUCCUCUAACUCCUCCUCUUCCUGUAGCACGGAGCUUUCAGAGCUGCUGCAGGCUCUACAGGACGAGUUCGCACACUUCAGCUUCAAGCACCAGGAGUUGGGGAAACAGGUCCAGGUGUGUCGCUCUGACAGACUGAGACAGGAUUUGGAACGAGAGAUGGAGAACCUGGUGAAGAAGAUGGAGGAAAAAGGGGAACAGAUCGCUAAAGUGCGACGACAUCAGGCUCAGGUGGAGAAGUUAAAGAAGCAGUCUCGUCAGCAUGAAGGUGAAUUGAAGGUCACAUCUGCACUGAAGGCCAAGUCCAGACCAGGAGAGCGCAGUAAGGACAGUCUGCGUCUGCUCAAGGACAUGCGCACACUGCAGACGUCACUGAGCCUGGACCAACACCACUGGGAUUACUGACACACACACACCACACCGCCACCACCAGGAAUCAGGAGCGAUCACUAUAAGCUCAAGAUAGCGGUGUUGAAACACGCAGGGACUUAUUUUCAGUAAAUCCGGGUUCAGCGUCAGGAGACCUUUUUAUUUCUCCGCUACACACACAGUACUGGGGCUGAACCACACGUCCAGCAUCAGAAGAGAAAAAUCACAAUCGGUAAAACAAAAGCUUUUAAUUUCUUUAUACAUAUAUAUAAGCACAUUCACACCACAUCCAACUUUUUUCUCAGUACACAACUAGAAUGAUCUGGAUUCAGUCUCUGUUCAUACGUAAAGACAGGAACGUCUACAAGACACGCUGCAUUAUUGAACCAUAAAACUCAACAUAAGACUGACAGAGAGAUAAAGAUCUUAAUGUAAGAGCAGGAACUGAUGAUCUAUCAGGUAAUAAACGGCAAGAAAGAGUCCGAACUUCACAGAAAUGACCAACGGUUUAGAACGGUUCCCUUUUCAGGACUUCAGGCUUUUAGUGUUCUCUUCAAAAAUAAACGUUAAUAUUUGUUAGAUGUUCAAAUGCAGGGACGUCUGUAACUGGGGGAAAACUGAUAUUCAAGUUUAUUUGCAUAUUGAAUAGUUUUCCUUUUUACUCAUACCUAUAAAACGAUCAGUUAUCACUAUAUUGGAAUAACAAAGUUAUUUUCCAGCACUGAAAUAAAAGAAAAACAUCCUUAAAGAAAAUGUUCCUUAUUAAUCUUAGUGUAAAAGAUAAAGUAUGUCUCAGACCCAGGGUUUAAUCUGUUGUUGAUUUUUCCAGCUACAAACACACACAAAAAAAAAACUAUUCAUGAAUGUGAGAAAAAAAACUGUCAACUUGAACCUGUAGAUUCAAGAAAGCAAGAGUUUGGCUAUUUAAACUAUGCUAAGGCUAUUUUUUGUUUAUAAGUGAUUAAAGUAAGCUUUUACUUUACAAAUACAACCGUUUGUGCGUCUCAUGUUGUCUCAUGUUCAGUUAAACUGUAUUAAAACUGUCUUUAGUUUCUCUGGACCUUUGUGUACAAGAUCAGUAUAAAUCCUGCUGUAAGUGCGACGUUUAAUCAGGGAUCAGUUUUUUUAGAAAGUGAUCGGAGUUAAAAACACAUUAAUAAUCUUUGAUAUUGUUAAAAAUGUAUAUUUUAACCAAUUUUUUUAUAUCUAUAGGACCAACAUGUGAAAUAUAUUUUAUAAUUUCUAUAAAAAUUCUGACAAAUUCAUUUAAGAUGUGAAAAAUUAACAGGUUUGAAAUGAAAUUUGGAAUUUGUUUUGUUUGUCACUUCAUGUGUUCGUCACAACAAUCCUAACGAUGUUGUCGAGCGUAUGUAUGUUUGUGUAGCCGCUUUUUAAAAUUCCUGCUGUUUGAGGUUGAAGUGUGUGUGUGUGUGUGUGUGUGUGUGUGAGAGAGAGAGUAUUUUGUGGCAUCAUCAUUUCAAAUAAAGUAUUUAUUUUAUUUUGUCUUAAA